UAGAUUGAAAAAUACGGGGAUAAAGGUAUUUCGACGCAUAAUUUUUCAUACCUAUUCUCAUGUAAAAAGGAACCAGAGACGCUUUUAUUUAAAUAUAUUGUAUAGACUAUAAAACCUAGUUCACACAUACCUUAUCUAACACUUAACUGAUCUUCUUAUUUUAGAAAUAAAAGAAUUCAAGUGUUUUAAACGGGUCGAAACAAAAAAAGAAGGAAAUAAGAGAGAAUGGAGUUUUUGUUUCGAAUUAACUUGGUUUACAUAAUCCUUCGUGGAAUAAAUGCAAUAGAUUGUGGAGAAUUAGGUUCCCUUGGCAAUGGUGAGAUUGACAACUCUGCUGGCACUAAGUACAAAGCAACGGCAAAUUUCAGAUGUAAUGCUGGAUAUGAUAUUUAUGGUGCUAAUACAAGCACAUGUUUAUAUAAUGGCUCUUGGAGCGCGCCAGUUCCAUCUUGCUCUAUAAAAGAUUGUGGUAUUCUCAGUAAUCCAUCAAACGGUAAUGUAUCAACACCUGAAGGAACGACAUUUGAAAACGAAGCAGUUUACAGUUGUGACGAGGGAUAUAUUUUAAAUGGCAUACAAAUCCGGUCUUUGUUUAUCAACUGGAUCAUGGUCCUCCACUUCCCCGACAUGCGUGAAAGAAGUGCAAACACCUAAAACUUGUAAGGAGAAUGUAGACAGUAGAGGACUAACUUGGUCAGAAACAAUAUCUGGAAAUACUAAGGAUAAACGUUGCCCAAGCGGAUUUACAGGUUCAAUAUCUAGGACAUGUUGUGCUGGCGGAGAGUGGAACUUGCCACAAUAUAAUUGUGUUCGUGAAUCGAUAGUAAAAGUUAAUGAAACGGUAUCAACGCUGAGUAACAUUGCAACCGGAGAUGAGGUUCAUACUGUUUUGCAGGGAAUUUUAAAAGUAACAAUCGUAAAUGAAACAACUGAUAACAACAGUACUUUAACUGAUGGCGAAUUAAGUGUUCUAUCUUUAUCGCUUGAGACAGUAGCGGGUGUGUUGACAACAUCUUCUGGAAUCAUAAACAAAAACAUUACUGAUGCUUUCCUAGAAAUUGCGAGUAAUCUUGUCGAUGAGUCCAAUCAGGAGAGUUGGAAGUCUCUUUCUCAGUCGGAGAACAAAGAUGAGUUAGCAAGGGUGCUAAAGGCAGUUGAUUCCUUGGCUGAGAUCCUGAGUAAUUCAAUUGAGGUUGGUCCCGAAAAUAAUGGCACCCUAAUCGUAAAGAAAAAUAUUGCGAUUGAUGUGAAAAAGUUUUCGAACAAAGAUGUUUUAUUUCCGGAUCCAGAAAAAACAGUGUCAGACAAAGAUGAUGCCAACGCCGACUGGUUUAAGCAGGCCAGGAGCAGUUUACGCCUAGAAGCAGCCGCUUUGAAAAAUAAAUCAGUACAAUACGCUACAGCAGCCGUCAUGUAUAGAGAUUUGUCGAAAAUAUUGCCAAACAAACGGAACAAUACAAAUAACAAUGAGGAGGAUACUGAUGAUGUUAUAAAUGCACCCAUUCUUUCGUUGACAAUUUCACCACCACUGUCGGAUAAAUUGAACCCACCACUCCAAUUAAAUUUUACUCAUGACAUGACUAAUUUCUCCAAUCCAUUGUGUUCGUAUUGGGCAUUUCCAAAUGGUAACAUUGGACAGGGCCUUUGGUCUUCAGAGGGCUGUAUUGUAAAAACUACAAAUACUAACUACACAAUCUGUCUGUGUGAUCAUCUGACGAACUUUGCUGUUUUGAUGAGCCCUUCUUUGAAGAUAUGUUUGUGUGUAUUUAAAUUUUUCAACUUGUUUUAUCCACUUAUGUUCAUGACAUAUAAUUUUGUUGCCUGAUAUCAUGCAAAUGGU